GAAGCAACUGGGCAUGAAUGACAUCCUCCCUCGGGAGCUCAUUCACCGAAUCCUUCUAAGAGUACCCGCCGAAGACCUGUUUCGCCUCAGAUUCGUUUCAAAACUUUGGCACUCUCUCAUUUCCGAUCCACACUUUGCGGAAUCGCAUUACAACCUCUACUCUGCCGCAUCUUCCGGUUCGGUCUUGGUAAAAGACUAUACUAAUGCAUGCUGUGUUUCCUUAGACACGCUAUUUGAUGUUACAGCAGCAGCACCACCAACAUUCAAAGAGGUAUCUCUCCCUUCCAGGAAGACGCCAUGUUCUCUUUUUCGUCUCUUGGGAUCCUGCAGAGGCUUUCUUCUCUUAGAGGAAAAACCAGCUUAUUUUCUUGUUAUAUGGAACCCACUGACCGGAUCCAGCAAAACAAUAUCUUACUCUCAUAUCGCCUCAGAGAUCCAGCUCGAUGAUGCAUUUCGAUAUGGAUUUGGUUUCGAUGCAUCACGAGAUGACUAUUUAAUAGUUCUAUCUUGGCUUGAUAACUACAACCAACACCGCUUAGUUUGCUUUUCGUUGAGAACCAAUUCAUGGAUUAAUCUCGAUGCAGCACUCCCCAAAUCCAUAAGUAGGUGGAAGCAGCAACUUUUUGGGUGGUUCUUACAUGGCGCUAUUCAUUGGUUGUGUUACUCUAGUAAAGAUUGCAUUGAUGAUGGUAUUCUUAUCUUUGAUUUGAAGGAAAUGAAUUUCUCCAAGAUAUCUAUGCCACAACAACUCCUAGGGGAUUAUCCCAUCUAUCUCACCAUAUUAGGAGGGUGCCUAGCCUUGCAUUCGUAUGACAUUGACAACCAUAAAACUGAGAUAUGGGUUAUGAAAGAAUAUAAAGUGCCGUCAUCUUGGAUUCUAAUGUAUGAGAUUCCUUAUGGUAACAAUUCGCCUCUAUGCAUGUCCAAUGGAAAUGACAUUAUUGCGUUGAAUUUUAUUCCCCGGUAUUGCAAGAUAAGGUUUGCCAAAUAUAACGUCAGUGGAGAGCUUCUAAAUUAUUCUCCUCUACCUCUUUCUGAAUAUUAUAACUUCCAUAGAAGUUUCUCUGUAUAUACAGAGAGUCUCUUUCCAUUCCCCUGUGACAUUAAGGAUAGGGAUAAGAAGAAGAAAACUGGCCAAGAAUGUUUUGAACAACAUGAUGUUGCCAAAGAUUAGAAUGACAAUGGGGUCAAAUAAAGGAAGAGAAUAUGGAGCAAGCAUAUUAGUGAACAACGAACAUACAGCCGAACAACUUAGAGUUUGGAAGUAUGAUUUUCUUUCCAAAUUUCGCAUUGUUAGGUAUGCUGUGGACACUAAUAACAGUCUUGUGUCGCUGUUUCUUUUUCUGUUUCUCCUUGGCUUCUAUCCAAGUAGCAUUACAAAAAAGACUAUAACUUACUAGCUCCUUCCAUUUUCAUUUUCAUUUUCAUUUGGUUGUUUAAUAGCUAGAGAUGAGGUAAUGAAUGCUUAAAUGUUAAAGAACGAUCAUAUGUCAGAAUGUGCUGUCUCCGCAUUGUAUCUGAGACCUUUUCGCAGAACCAUUUUUAAUUCUAUAUCAUAAAAACUAGUCUUACAUUUGUAUGAGAAUUGAGAAGGAUCUAAGUUAGUUUUAUACUAUCUGGUGUGAGGUGCUGCAAGGUGCAUUGGCUUUUGGGAUUUAUAGCACAC